CCACCCUCCCAUGUGCCCUUCCCCUCUCUCUCCACCGGCUCCUGCCGCUCAAUCAUUGGCCCCGUCGCACAAACCCCCACCGGCCCUUCCAAAUCUCUGCCCCCCUUCCUAUCUCUCUUAACUCCGUUACGCUAUCCUCUCUCCCUUUCUCGUUAUUCCAGGCUUAUCCUAAGCUUAUUCCACUGCAAUGACGACGCCCGACGGGGGCACUAACGGCGGGCAGGCCCCGGGCGGGACGGCACAGCAGCAAGUGAUGGCGGUGGGCGCGGCGGGCGCAAACGGCACGGCGCUGGCAGUCAAGAAGCCGCCGUCGAAGGACCGGCACAGCAAGGUGGACGGGCGUGGGCGGCGGAUCCGGAUGCCCAUCGUCUGCGCUGCCCGCGUUUUCCAGCUGACCCGCGAGCUCGGACACAAGUCCGACGGACAGACCAUCGAAUGGCUCCUCCGCCAGGCCGAGCCCUCCAUCAUCGCCGCUACUGGCACCGGCACCACCCCCGCCUCGUUCUCCUCCGCCGCCGCUUCCCGCUCCGCGGCCACCCACUCCCUCUCCUCCCCCUCCUCCUCCUCCUCCGCCCCCGCCGACCACAAGACCCCCCACCACCUCCUCCCCUCGGCCGUUCCCCACCCUUUCAUCCUCGGCAAGCGCCUCCGAUCCGAUGACGACUCCUCCGCCGACAAGGACGACUCCGCAGCCGCCGCAGGCGGCGCUAGCGGCCCUGUCAUCGGGCCGGCUGGGGGCUUCUGGGCGGUGCCGGCCAGGCCGGACUUCGGGCAGCUGUGGAGCUUCGCGGGGCCGGAGAUCCUCAUGCCGCCGGCGGCGGGGGGCGUCACCGGGCGGUUCGCCGCCGCCCAGCCGGUCGGGGAGGCCUCGGCCGCUAGGGUGGGGAACUACUUGCCUAUCGCCCAGGGGCACCUCAACCUGCUCGCCUCCUUGUCGGGGGCGCCCACGACUGCGGCCGCGGCGGGGAGGAGAGAGGACGAGUCUCGCUGAUCGUUUCCGGUUCUUAGGGUUAGGGUUAGGGUUUUAGGAUUCUUAUAGUUGUUAGGUUUAUAGUUGGGUCAAGAAAACGUCGGAGUUUGUGGAAUUGAAUGAAUUAGUUCGCCCUGUGUCUUUUUCUUCUUUGUUUGUGAGGCUUGUUCAAGGAGGAGUGGAGAAUUCGGGUCUGUGAAAGAUAGGAGCUUCACUAUUUCCUGUUCUGCUGAGGAGAAUGUAGGAUACUGAAGGUUUCAUCACUCCUCUCUUCUUCCUACAAGCCGCCCAGUGUGCCCAAGAAAGGCUUCAAUGGAAAUUUAGGUUUCCUGGAAAUAGAUGGGUCUACAAGCUUAAGGAGUAGCAUCGGAGUUCGGUUUGAUUGAAUAAUUGGCAACGGGAAUGUUAAAAGUUGGUUAAUUUAUCAUCUUGGCGUCUGCAGAGAAGAAUUUGGAUUAAUAAGUGAUCUGAGGUGCUUGUAAUGAAGAGAGCUUGGGAACCCCGUGAUUUGUGACUGAAACUUGGGGUAUCUUCCUCCAUUCUCUCCAUAUAUCUCUACGUCAAGUGUGAAAAUGGCUGCAGAAAAACUUCUGUUGUAAGCCUGUAAGUUCUGUUAAUUUAACUUCCAUCUGUAUCUUAGUCAUUUUUCCUGGAUUUAUUAGUAAGGAAAUAAUGAGUGUAUGUAUGUACUUAUGGAUUGUUUGGAGUGUAUGAUGCAAAUAAAAAUGUGCCUGUUCUUGCUA